GAAAGCAAACCAUACUUACUGAAAUUAAUUAAUUAAUUAAUGGAGCUACCUCCAAAUCUACGGCCAGAUGAGUCGAGCCCCGAUUGGAUGAACAAAGGGGACAACGCCUGGCAGCUAACCGCCGCCACACUGGUGGCGCUGCAGUCCAUGCCGGGGCUCGUCAUUCUCUACGGCGGCAUGGUGAAGCAGAAAUGGGCGGUCAACUCUUCCCUAAUGGCGGUCUACGCAUUCGCGGCAACCUUGAUAUGCUGGGUCGGGUGGGGCUACCAGAUGUCCUUCGGCGACAAACUGGUGGAUUUCUGGGGGAAGCCGGCGGUGGCUCUGGGCGGCGACUUCCUUAUGGGUCAGGCGUUUCUGGGGUACUUUCCGACGGCGACGAUGGUGUGGUUUCAGUUCGGGUUUGCGGGGAUCACGACGGUCCUGAUCGGCGGCGCGUUGCUUGGGAGGAUGAAUUUCGGGGCGUGGGUGGUGUUUGUUCCGCUGUGGCACACGUUAUCGUAUACGGUGGGGGCGUACAGUGUGUGGAGCCCACAUGGGUGGCUUGCGAAGAUGGGGGUUAUUGAUUUUGCUGGUGGGUUUGUUAUCCAUCUCUCUUCUGGUGUUGCUGGUUUCACCGCUGCAUAUUGGGUUGGUCCGAGGAGCGACGAAGACAGAAAAAACUUUAAGCCAAACAAUAUACUAAUGAUGCUGGGCGGUGCCGGGUUAUUGUGGAUGGGUUGGACAGGAUUCAACGGCGGAGCACCGUACGCAUCCAACACAGUCGCAUCCCUUGCGGUGAUCAACACCCACGUGUGCGCCGCCACCAGCCUGGUGACGUGGCUACUCCUCGACAUCUCCGUCACCGGCGGAAAGCCUUCAGCCACCGGCGUUGUGAACGGCACAAUCACCGGCCUCGUCUGCAUCACCCCCGCCGCCGGAGUGGUCCAGUGCUGGGCGGCGAUGCUGAUGGGCUUGAUCUCCGGCAGCCUGCCUUGGUACACGCUGAAUGUGCUGCACCACAAGAUCGGAUUUUUAAGGCACGUCGACGACACUUUCGCCAUCUUCCACACGCACGCAGUCGCCGGAGCUCUCGGCGGCGUCCUGACCGGAGUGCUCGCGGUGCCGAAGCUGAGCCGGCUCUUCUAUAUGGUCCCCGACUGGGAAAAGUACAUCGGGCUGGCGUACGCAAUCCGUACGGGCCGAACGCGGGCCGGGCUUAUGCAGAUGAGGAAUCAAGUUGUGGGGAUUGUGUUCAUAGUGUGUUUGAAUGUUGUGGUUACAAGCUUGAUUUGUUUGUUGAUAAAGAUGUUUGUGCCACUUAGGAUGAGUGAGGAAGAAUUGAGGAUUGGAGAUGCUGAGGUGCAUGGUGACGUGGCGUAUGCACUUUCGAGUAGUAGUGAUCAUAGGUUUGAAAAUCACAAGGUUAAUUCAAUGUAUGAUGUUGAUGAGGAGUACCCCUCGGUUGUGUCUAAAACUCCUAGUAGUAGUAUUUUUGAAAUGUACAAGGUAUGAUACAUACACCAUGCUUAGUCCACCUUUGGUUUCUAUAAGAUAAUAAGAUUUAUAUACAUAUGAUAAUUAAGUGAU